CAUAUUGGAGUGAAAAUGAGCUCGACACCCCAAAAUCGUGCUUUUACUUUGAAGGUGACUCCGACCGGAAGUACCAUUGCAGGAGUCUUCAGUCUUCCACAAUUUGGUCAAAUCUUCACUUUUGCAGGCAUCGCCAUGGCUUCCUCUGUGCUCGUCAAGAUUGGAAUAAUUGGUGGUUCGGGGCUUGAUGAUCCUGAUAUCUUGGAGGGACGGACUGAGCGCUACGUAGACACACCAUAUGGAAAACCGUCAGAUGCACUGAUACUGGGGAAGAUCAAGAAUGUUGAAUGUGUUCUCCUAGCAAGACAUGGCAGACAACACACUAUAAUGCCGUCCAAUGUCAACUACCAGGCCAACAUCUGGGCGAUGAAAGAAGAGGGCUGCACACAUCUGCUGGUGACCACAGCCUGUGGAUCACUGCGGGAGGAGAUUCAGCCAGGAGACAUCGUCAUCAUUGAUCAGUUCAUCGACCGGACAACAAAGAGAGCUCAGACUUUGUACGAUGGGCGUCACACCAGUCCUCCAGGAGUGUGUCACAUCCCCAUGGCUGAACCUUUCUGCAACAGAACCAGAGAAGUUUUGGUGGAGGUGGCCCGCAGCCUGGGGGUCAAGUGCCACGUCAGAGGGGCCAUGGUGUCGAUCGAAGGGCCCCGCUUUUCCUCACGAGCAGAGAGCCUGAUGUUCCGUCAGUGGGGCGCUGAUGUCAUCAAUAUGACCACGGUGCCAGAGGUGGUGCUCGCCAAGGAGGCCGGCUUGUGCUACGCCAGUAUUGCCAUGGCAACAGACUACGACUGUUGGAAGGAGCAUGAAGAGGCGGUCUGUGUUGACAAUGUGCUGAAGACGAUGAAGGAAAACGCCAACAAAGCAAGCAGUAUCCUACUCACUGCAAUACCCCAGAUUAGUCAGAUGGACUGGAAUCAAACAAUAACAUCUUUGAAAUCAAUGGCCCAGUCUUCAGUAAUGUUACCGAAACAUUAAAUGACAACUUGUUUUGACAAAAGGAGUCACCACCAACGCCGACAGACUUUGGAUUUGUCAUCAAUGAAAAAGAAAGACGAAAGUGCCUCUCAUCGGAUUCUAACUUCACAUCCAGUUUCAAUAUUUUUCUCUCACACACACAGAAUACUUACAGAACGACCUUUUUCUCUGGAAAAAUGAAGAGCAGAUGAACAAAAAAUGUAAAACCUGUCUUUGUGGAUUAAUAGUUUUUAGCUUGUGAAAUAAGACUUUCUAUAAGCUGUGAAUGUUUUUCUUUAAAGCACCUUUAAAGAUGUUUAUGAAUGAUAUGUGUCACAUUAAGACUGGUACUGCCUUCUAACUGAUGUCUUUAGCAAAAGUCAUUUCUUAUGUAAAGUACACAAACUAAACACAGUUUCAGCAAUUUUACUUUGUCAUUUCAAGUGGUGUUUUUUUUUUUUUUUUUAAUUUUUUUGUUUGUUUCACUUUCACUUACGUCAACCUGUUUACCAUGAUACUAUUUACCAUAAACGAUUUACUAACAUUUUAUUGUGGUUCAUAAAAGCACACCAGUGUUAGAUGUUUUAAUAUAGUGUAAAGUUUACCCUCAUCCAUUGAAGUUGGCAUUUUGUAAUAUUUUUGGGCCUUCUCUACUACAAUUAACAGAUUAGAUUGAUGUUAGUUGCAUUUGCUGCUCAUGAAUUUAUUGAGAAUAAAAGAAAAAUAUUUGGUAUCCUAUUUGUGGACUGUCAACAAUAUGAAAACCAUAUUGAACAUAAUAAAGACUGCUUUAAAAUAUAACACCUACUUGUAUAGAUUUUU